UCCAAAACAUAAAGAGAGAUCAAGAGUUAGGCUGCACCAACAAGCAUGGCUGCCGGAUCCUGUCUACCUGAGGAUAUGAUUAGAGAAACUCUGUUAAGAUUGCCAGUGCAAUCCUUGCUUCGAUUCAAGGUUGUGUGUAAACGCUGGCUGGCUCUGAUUACAAGCUCCGACUUUAUUCUCACACACUGCAAACAUCGUCCAAAACACUCUAUCAUGCUCACAAACACUUGGUUCGGAGAAAAUUAUGGCAUAUCAGUGCUUGAAGCUGAUGCAAAAGGUAAACCUGAGCAUCGAAACCUACCAUCGUCGCUGAUGAAUAAUGUUGUCAAGUGUCGCGGCAUUGGUUCUAGUAAUGGUUUAUUAUGUGUUUAUGUCAAAAACACACAUAAUGUUGAUUAUUUUUUAUGGAAUCUAGCAACAAGAAAACAUCGGCUUCUGCUCUUUCCCCCAACAUUAGGUCAUUACACUCCUCGUACUUUUGGGUUUGGUUUUGUUCCUGAAACAAGUGAUUACAAAUUGCUUAUAAUUGAUGAUGCAUCGUUCGAGGGCCAUCUCAAUCUCAAAGCUUUGGUUUACACAUUGAGCACGGAUUCUUGGAAAGAAGUCGAGGGAGUUACUGCCAGCCGGAGUUAUCUCAGUCCUAAGAUUUCUGUGGUGGUUCAGGGAAUGUGGUAUGAUUUGAUUUUCCGAGAGGAGGAGAACAUUGUUCAAGGCACAUUAAGGGAACCUCGGAAGGUACCAUCUAUACUCAAAUUCAAUAUGGCUAAUGAUGUCUUCUCAAAGAUUGAAGAUGGUCUACCUUAUGAUAAUGCUUGUGGCAGAAACUUGAACCUUAUGGAGUACAAAGAAUUACUUGCUAUGGGCGUUUACAAGGAUGAAGAAACAACUUUCGAGCUUGAGAUAUGGACAUUGAUGAAGAAUGAGUACUGCUGGACAAAACUAUUCGUGUGUAGACCUCUGCCCAAAAUUAUGACUAUGAUACCUCUGGGGUUUCGGAAUGAUAAAGAAAUCAUAUUAAGUGAUUAUUCUACCGAAUUAUUUUAUGACAUUUUGCAAUUGUACGAUCCCUCGACCCAAGAAUCAAGUGUGGUUUCCACAUAUGAAGAUUUUAUAUACUUCGACGCUCAUAAUUACGUGGAAAGCCUAGUUUCAGUCGAUGCUUGGUCAUCAAGCUGUAUGCAGAUGUUUUCUUAACACGGAAAGGACCAAGCCAUCGAUCAGCAGGGGGCAAGAGAAAGCGGAAGAGAACAGGUUGGAAUUGAUGCAUUCAAGUACGUUAUAACUUGUAAGAGGUUUAUGUGCUUUUGA